AUGGCGCUCACAGGUAUCCAGUGCGGGCUGGACGCAGACUCGAUGCGGGCAGCUGUGCGGCGGGACAGGCAAGCUCCUGGAAUGACUGCUCUCGUGAAGCUCAUGAAGUUCCUGAAUGUAAUGAAGCCCCCGACGCUCUUGAAUCUCCUGGAGCUCCUGAAGCUUCUUGAGCUCCUGAAGCUCCUGAAGCUCCGGAUUACCGUGACCAUCGUGGAGCUGGUGGGGCGACGGGCCCGCAUCAUCGCGCCGGUGGAGGGCUGGGUCUCCACGGAGACGAAGGACGGGGUGCAGAUCAUGCGGCCCUGCACGAUGCAGCGGCGCUCGGCCCAGAACGAGGCGUUCGAGCACAUGUUCGAGCAGAAGUUCAACCGGAUCAAGGGCAGCAAGGGCAGCCAGGGCUACGAGCUGGACCCGCGCUGCGCCGAAUUCGACCACCGGGCGCUCGCGUCCGACGACCGCUCCCUGAGCCCGAG